AUGUAUACCCCCACUCGACGUAGUAUUAUUAGUGGAGUCGAUAGAGCGGCCAAUACGGUUAUCUUUGCUAUUGGCCCUAUAUUUAUCUUGCUGGCAAUAGGGUUGCUCGGGAUGGCAACACUGACAUAUUUUACGGUUGUCUUUCCUUAUUUCUAUAAAUGGGACGACGAUUAUAUUUGGACAAAAGUUUAUUAUUAUAUUGGCUUAAUAUUUAGUAUAUAUCUGGUUGUUUGUAUCUUUUUUCAUUAUUACAUGGCGGUUAGAACAAAACCUGGAGGUGUAUUGAAUGCUGGAACUGCCGAAACGGAAUCAGAUGAUCCAACAUUGCAAGGAUUAUUUCUUGAAUUGGAGGAAUAUGCAGAAUUUCCAAAAACAUGCAAAAAAUGUCAUCUUCCAAAACCUGAAAGAGCACAUCAUUGUUCAGUGUGUAAAAAAUGUGUAUUAAGAUUUGAUCAUCAUUGUCCAUGGAUAGCGAAUUGUUGGGAUUAUUGGAUGCCAAGACCAUACAUGGCUUUAUCAUUCUUGCUUGCUGUCGCGAUUGGAAUAGCAUUAGGAGGGAUGUGUUCAUGGCAUUAUUAUUUAGUUUUAACAUCGCAAACAACAGUAGAAUUUUAUAAUAAUCAAUACGCGAGACGUUCAGCUAAACAAAAAGGAGAGGUAUAUGCAAAUCCAUAUGACUUGGGAUAUUUGAAUAAUUUACGUCAAUUCUUUAACGUUGGCCAUAAUUAUUCCAUAUAUACAAUCCUCCUUCCUAUACCAGUACUACCGCCGGGUAAUGGUAAAGUAUGGGAGAAGAGCGCGAUGCACUAUACAACAGUUAAUAACGAUAUUUCAGAUGAUACCGAUUAA